AUGGCAUCGUUAUUAAAUGGCCCCGCUUCAGCGGCGGUCGAUGAACGGUGUCCCCUGAUCGCCCAUCCUGUGGCAGACGCCAAUUCGAGCGCCUUCCCCCACAGCGAAACCCAGAGCCAUAGAGUGGCGGCAAGAGUUGCCAACCGACUUUACGUGUCUCAUUUCUUAUCAACAUGGAACACUCGAGUCUUCGAAUUCGGCGCGGUGCUCUACCUGGCCUCGAUCUUCCCGGGGACACUGCUGCCCAUGUCGGUUUAUGCUCUGACUCGCGGCACGGCUGCCAUAAUUUUCUCGUCGGCCGUUGGGCAGUAUAUCGACACAGGCAAUCGUCUUCGAGUCGUCAGGCUGUCAAUUGUCCUGCAGCGACUCGUUGUAGCAGGAUCAUUGGUCAUCUUCUACAUCCUCGCUAUCGGUCUGCCACUCGCUCACGGCGCGGAGACGGGCCUGCUGGUGCUCCUGGCGCUCUUGGCAUGCGUUGAAAUACUCUGCGCUAUCAUGAAUCUGGUGUCCGUCGAGAGGGACUGGUAUAGUCUGCUGCCCGUCUUGCUGACUGUCAAUUUAGUCAUCAACGCACGAAUGAGGCGUAUCGACUUGAUCUGCAAGCUUAUUGGUCCCUUGUUCAUAGCUCUCAUCGACGGCAUCUCAACGGAAGUCGCAAUAUUGGUCAAUUUGGGAAUGAACGUAGCGUCGGUGGCUGUGGAAUACUUUGCGAUAGCCAAGGUCUAUUACGAGGUUCCCGAACUACAACGGCCUAAGAGGAAGCCCCGAGAGGAACUGCUCGAUAGAGUAUUCGAAAAUGAAAGCCACUUUGCACACAACUGGCGGCAUGUCCAAAUGGCCAUAAAAAAGAGCAGCCAGGAUUUUAGUCUCUACUUCCAUCACCCGGCUUUCCUACCUUCAUUCGCUGGCGCUCUAUUAUAUUUAACAGUGCUAUCAUUUUCAGGGCAAAUGGUAACCUAUCUACUCUCAGCUGGCUAUAGUGCUGCCCAGAUUGGUAUAGCAAGGACUCUGUCUGUAGCCUUUGAGGUCUUAUCCACAUGGGUCGCACCUUGGUUAAUGGGGAGAAUUGGACCUAUACGCGCCGGUAUCUGGCUAGUUAACUGGCAGAUCGUCUGUUUGGUGGCUGGAAUAGCGGUCUUUUGGGCACUCCUUAAUCGGCCUACCAUCUCUGCAUCCGGGCUCGUGGGUGGCACGAUCCUAAGCCGCCUAGGUUUAAGAGGAUUCGACCUCUGUAUACAGAUCAUUAUCCAGGAGGACGUCGAAGCCACUCACCGGGGAUCCUUCUCCACUGUCGAAGCUGCUUGGCAAAAUGCGUUCGAGCUUUGCUCUUUCGUCUCCACUAUCAUCUUCUCGCGCCCCGAACAAUUUAAGUGGCCGGUGCUCCUUAGCGUCGUCGCGGUCGUCACCGCGGGGGUCCUAUACACGAUCUUUGUUUAUUUGCGGCGUGGUCACUUAUUGCAUCUAGCGAAGUGGAAAGACAUCAUGGGUUCCCAGAAGGGGAGGCAGCGCUCAAGGGAAGAGGGAAUCCAAAGGAUCGCAUCGAGUAGUGAUAUGUAG